CUUCCUGCUUGGAAAUAUUUUUCUUACCUUGCGACCACGUUUGCUAUCCUAUCCUAUCUACCCUUUUAUAUAUCGCACGUAAACCUCUUAUCUUCUUGAUAAAGGAUAUGAACUCCAUCACCACAAUGCCACCCAAGAUCGAAAACACACCUGCCCCUGUGGACGAGACCCCUCUCACGAUAGACCACCUCCUCCGCCUACGGGCCUCCCAGAUACCUGACACUCCAAUCCUAGCCUACUCCCACAACAAGAAAGAAUACACGCAGUACACAGCAUCCCAACUGAACGCCUUGGCCUACCGCGUAGCAAAGCACUACAAAAAGUUAAUAACCCAAUGUGCCUCAUCCGAGGCUCCAGAAAGGGUCGUCGCCCUCCUGGGCAUCUCCGACUUCGACUAUGUCAUUUCCUUACUCGCCCUGGCUAAAUUGGGCAUGGCGGUGCUACUGCUCUCCACCAGAAUCUCGGAUGAGGCCUACAGACAUCUCUUCGACAGGACUGGGUGCUCAGACGUCAUAGUCCAGCCAACGUUUGAGAAAACGAUGGGGCGGGUUCGGAGCGGGCACGGCAGCGCGCUGAAUGUGGUCUGUAUGGCUUCGCGGGGACUGUACGAGCCGGAGGUGGCGCCCGAGGAAGAGAAGGGCCUAACGCUUGAAGAUAUGAGGUUUGAUACGCAGCUCGAUAUGGGGGUUGAAAGCUCCAAGAAUGCGUUCAUCAUCCACUCAAGCGGAUCCACGGGGCUGCCGAAACCGGUUGGUCAAACGCAUCGCACGGUUAUUGGUAAUGCCUCUGCGAUUUCUAUGAAUCCUACUUCGUCGUUUUCGACUCUACCACUUUUUCAUACUUUUGGCCUUACGGCCAUGUUUGGCGCCAUCUACUAUGGAAAGGUCACCUCUAUUCCCAACGCUGACCUGCCCAUCACUGGGAAGAACAUGAUCGCGGGGUUGAAAGCCACCAGACCAGAGACGUUCUAUUUAGUGCCUUACACACUGAAAUUGAUGGCGGAGACAGACGAAGGCAUGGAAGCCAUGAAGAUAUGCAAGUCGGUUUGUUCUGGCGGGUCCGCAUGUCCAGAGGAAUUGGGAGACAAGCUCGCCGCGGCCGGAAUUACACUCGUAAGUUACUACGGAUCAACCGAAGGAGGAGCCCUCCUCAACUCCUACCGCCCCGAAUCCGACAAGGAUUGGAACUACCUCAAAGCCAUCCCACCCGCACUCCCCCAUAUCCGCUGGGAAAAGUACAGCGAAAGCGUGUACGAGCUCGUCCUCCUCGCCGGAUGGCAUGCAAAAGCCUUCACCAACAACCCCGACGGCUCAUACUCCACCCGCGACCUCUGGCAACAACAUCCUACCGACCCACUCAAGUGGAAGUACGUCGGCCGCCUCGAUGACACUAUCGUUCUUUCAAACGGGGAGAAAGCUAGCCCCCUCGCUCUCGAGGGCUCGGUGAGGGACAGUCCAUACGUCAACGAGGUCGUCUGCGUCGGUGUUCAACAACCCACCCUGGGACUCUUGGUUAUCCCCACCGAGCGAACCAUCGGAAUGUCCCGCGCGGAGCUCAUCCAGAAGAUGAGGCCAUCUAUCGAAGCUGGGAAUGUUCGUAUGCCAGCUUACGCUCAGAUUUCCGCUGAGAUGAUCGGCUUCCUGCCAAUAGGGACACCCUACCCGGCAACAGACAAGGGCACCGUGAUCCGUCCUGCGUUCAACAGAACCUUCCGGGUGCAGAUUGAGUCCAUGUACUCCAGGUACGAAGAAAACAACGCCUCUGAAGGCCUUUCCCUCUCAGAAGAGGAAUUGAGAGCAUACGUCCGCAACACGAUCAUUAAGACUCUAAAACUUGAAGACACCACCGCCCUCCCUGACGACACGGACUUCUUCUCCCUUGGCCUGGACUCCCUCGGGUCAAUGCAAGUCCAAGGCAGCAUCCGUCGGGAACUCAACACGGGCAAGCAAAUCGGCCAAAACGUCGUCUUUGAGAAGCCGACCGUGAGGAAACUAGCUGGGCACUUGUACCGUCUUCGCACCGGAGAAGUGGAGAAGGAGGAGGAUGAGCAGUCCCAGAUCGAAAUUAUGAAGGGACUGGUAGAGAAGUACUCGCACUUUGAACAACACGUUCCCGGAAACUCUGAUAAGCAGGGCGACUACAUCAUCGUAACCGGCGCAACGGGCUCGCUAGGCGCACACCUAGUCUCCCAACUCGCCACGAAACCCACCACGCAAAAAGUAUACUGCCUAGUCAGGGCCAAGGGUCAGCCCAACGCCCACGAGCGCACGAUCCAAUCCCUAAAGCUCCGGCGGGUAUAUGAAGACUUAUCGGCCACCUCCCUCUCCAAGAUCAUCGCUCUACCCUCAGACUUCAGUGACCCGCGCCUCGGCCUCUCGGAAGACGUCUACGCCGAGCUCCUGGACAGCGUCAACAUUGUCAUUCACUGCGCCUGGCAGGUGAACUUCAACAUGGACGUCAGCUCCUUCGAGAACGCGCACAUCAAGGGCUCGCACAACCUCAUGACGCUGUGCCUAAAAUCUCAUCGCUCGAGUCCUGCCUCGUUCAAUUUCUGCUCGAGCAUUUCAUCUGUGGCGAAUAACUCCACCGCAGAGACCAUUCCCGAGACACAGCCGAAGUACGAGAAUGCCAUGCCGAUGGGGUAUGCACGCUCCAAGCUGGUCACGGAGAAGCUGUGUGAUGUCGCUGCGAGAAGAACGACCCUAUCGGCGAGAGUGCUAAGGAUCGGACAGGUCAGCGGUGAUACCAGGUUUGGGAUUUGGAACGCGACGGAGGCUAUCCCACUUACCGUUCGCUCAGCGAAGACAUUGGGUGCCCUACCAGCCCCGGUGAAUGAUGAGGUUGUGUCUUGGGUUCCGGUUGACGUUGCUGCCGGGACUAUUAUCGACCUCUCGUGCCUCCCCCAGCCUGCCCAAAAUGAAGCUUCAGUGUUCCACGUCUCGCACCCGAGACUCCUAUCUUGGAACAACGACUUCCUACCAGCCCUCAGGGUCGCCGGACUCGAAUUCGAGAGUGUAAAGCCUACAGAAUGGAUCAGAAGACUUAAAGCCGUCGCUCAGGAUGCCGACGUUAACCCCGAAGUCAAGCUCUUGGGGUUCUUCGAGGGGAAGUACACUAGCGACGAGGUUAGGAGUGCGCCGUACUUUGAGACCGUGAAAGCGUGCGCUGCUUCCAGGGCGCUUAGUGGUGUGGAAGAUAUCAAGGACGACAUUGUGGGAAGGUAUUUGGAGUUUUGGAGGGAGGGGUGGUGAAUAGCAUGAUGCUAUGGAAAUUGGAAAAUUGUGGAUGCGAAUUCUCGAGCUCCACCCCUUUGUUAGUUAGGUGCCCACGAUCAGUGUUUUGGUUAUCCUUCCCUUUUUUAUCUGCGCAUUAUUAUUGCAGGUAUGAGAAUAUCAUUAUUGUUUAUGAAUGGUCUUUCCUCGGCCCUCAUGGCGGCGACUCCUUGUCAGAGAUGCCAGCGAGCGGGCAAGUAGACUAUGGUAUUAUAAAUUGUAAGUUAUCAUAAGUCAUGCUCUCUUCCAGAGCGGAGUACCUAGUAUUGUA